AUGAUGCAAUUCAAAUCUAGAAUACCAUUGCUCUUCAAAGACAGUUUUAUAAGACAAGCUAGUCGUAGAAUUUCAAAUCAAUUUGAAUUGAAUGGUCUGAGGUUCAAACUAUCACCAUCGUUUAAACAAAGUUUCAGAUUCAAUUCAACAAAUGCAUCGAAACCAGUUGUCAAGCCAAAAGGUAUUAAAGGAUUAAUGCAAGUAUAUGGGUAUUCAGCAUUAGUAGUUUAUAUUGGUCUUUCAUGUAUUGAUCUUCCUUUGUCAUUUUUAUUGGUUCAUUCGCUAGGUGAAGAGAAGAUUAGUGUAUAUAUCAAUAAGGUUAAACAAUUAUUUGGGUAUGGCAAAGAAGAAGCUGAAUUAAUCAAUGACGUUAGAGAAAGAAUCAAGAAAAGGGAAGAAGAUCAAGUUAAUGGUCAAACAGAACAGUUAAAAUUAUGGGAGAGAUUGAAACAGAGUACAUUAUUGACAGAGCUUUUAAUCGCGUACGGUAUUCACAAAAGUUUAAUAGUUCUUAGAGUCCCAAUAACAGCGGCUGUUACACCAAGUAUGAGUAAGAUAUUAUCCAGAUAUGGUAUUGAUUUUAAGCGUAAGAGUAAUAAGAUGUUUCAAACAAUGUCACAAGAUGCGAAGAUAAGAUAUAAAAAUAAUGAUCCUAAUAAUUUCAUCAAGACGGGAACCUCUGUACCAAAGCAAGACAAGACAAAAGGUCAAAAGUGGUUUAAUGGUUUGAUGUGA